AUGACGCAACCAGCCACUGCCAUGGAAACGGGCUGCCUCAACAACCUCUGCUACUUUUACAACCCUACCUCCACAUACUUCAAUGGCACCUGCGACACUCUGAAGACAUCAAGACACCAUCAUCCAGAUCAUCAACCAGACACCCGGCGACAUCUCCACCGGAACAAAACAAAAAUGCCCUUCUUCUACUCAAAAGGCUUCGGCGGGAAGCACUUCGGCACGAACGUCACCGCAGACAGGCACGGCGUGCGCCGCGGGCCCUGGCGCUUCUCCCUCGGCCGCUUCAACUGCUUCAAGUAG